UAAAAAUAAUUUAAUAUUUACGCACAAAUAGGGGGAGGAGGAAAGAGACCCCAAAACUCUUUGCUAGCUCAACUCUGCGAGUUUUCACUAUCUUAUCUUCUUCUAAGCAAUCGAAAUAUCUUUUCACAUCUAAAUUACACCGAUUCGAUCAUAUUCCCAUACUGAUCAAUUGGUCUCGUUCUCCAUUCCUUCAUUUUCAUUUUCAUUUUUUUUUUCCUUCAAAAGUUUCAUACGUGAGAAAUACAUUUGUUCCUCUUUCCUUUUUCUGUUUGUGUAUUAUAAUUUUUUUGGUGGGUUUAUUAAGAUUUGAAAUUUAGACAAAUAUACAAGAAGAUGUCGAAUUUGCAAAGUAAUUUCAAUCAGAAGAUCGACUACGUGUUCAAGGUGGUGCUGAUCGGAGACUCAGCGGUGGGAAAGUCUCAGCUCUUGGCUCGUUUUGCUCGGAACGAGUUCAGUUUGGAGUCAAAAGCAACAAUUGGGGUUGAGUUCCAGACUAAGACGCUCGUGAUCGACCACAAAACCAUCAAGGCCCAGAUUUGGGACACCGCUGGUCAAGAAAGAUACAGGGCAGUGACAAGUGCUUACUAUAGAGGUUCAGUGGGGGCAAUGCUGGUCUAUGACAUAACCAAGCAUCAAUCAUUUGAUCAUGUAACCAAGUGGUUAGAGGAAUUGAGGGGGCAUGCUGACAACAAUAUUGUCGUGAUGCUUGUAGGUAACAAGUCUGACCUUGGAACACUGAGAGCUGUACCUUCUGAGGAUGCGAAAGAGUUUGCCCAAAGGGAGAACCUAUUCUUUAUGGAGGCAUCAGCACUCGAGGCUACUAAUGUUGAAUCUGCAUUUAUUACAGUCCUAACGGAAAUUUAUCGAAUCCUUGGCAAGAAGUCCCUCAUUGCCAAUGACGAAGCAGAGUCGGAAGGGAGUGCCUCACUUCUCAAGGGUACAAAAAUUGUUGUCCCUGGAAGAGAGCCCGAGCCUCAAGGAAAUAGCUGUUGCUGGUCUUCAUAGGAUUUAGCCCUUUAACCUCCUGUAACGUGGAUUACUGCAGUUUAUAGAUCCAGAGAGAAUUGUAAUACAGCUCGUGGUACAUCUGGUAAUUAGUUUCACCCUCUUCUUGUAAAAAGCUGUUGGCAGCUGACCGGAGCAGAAAUCUCGGACUCAAACACACAGUGAUGUGAUAAAAUUGACAUGUACUUGCAUGUAGUUAAAGAUCACAUAUAUUUUAUGAUUUUUACAAGCAUUUCGUGGGUUUCCAGGAGCACACUCACCCACAAACAUGCAACUACUAGACCAAACGAGAAGUAGCUCAUGAGAAAAUGAGAUUGAGUUUGGUUGUGGAACAGUGUUGUUUUUCACUAUUUUAUUGAGUCUUACUUUUGAUACAUGAA